AUGCGAAUCUUCCUCCUCUUCAUACUUGUCGCUCUGCAACACUUUGUCGACAGUCGCGGAGGUCGAAGAGGAGGGAAGGGCAAAGGGAAAAGCAAUCUGCAAUUUGCACAAGUAGCCGAAUUCUCAUUAAUUCAAACACAACUCGCCGACAAUCGGAGUGCUCAUAUCGUCACUGGCUCUCACUUCAGUCAAACAUUUCGCCUCGGAUAUAAACUGAUUAUCAUUUGCAAAGCGAAAGGGGAUCCACGACCGACCAUUAAAUGGUACAAGGAGGGCGCUGAGCUUCAUCCGAAACAUAACACUCAUUACUAUGAGAAACCCCUUGGUGAGGAUAUGCUCUGGAGCAAAUUGGAAAUAGAUCCGGCAACAAUGGGUGACCAAGGAGUGUACGCAUGUGUCGCAAACAACCAGCACGGAGUGAUGGCAAAGAACUUCAAAGCGGAAUAUACAUACUGA